AUGGCGGCGCUGGGCCGGCCCUUCGGCGGCCUCCCGUUGAGCGGCGCCUCGGAGUUCCUGCCGCCGCCCGCGGCCUUCGUGCCCGAUGCCGACGCCCGCCCAGCCGGCCCGAGAGCGGGGAGCCGCGGCGGCGCGAGCGGGGGCCCGGGCCGGGGCGCGCGAGGACGCUUUACGCUUCACUGUAAAAAGAAGCACAAGCGAGAGGAAGAGGAUGAUGAUUGUCCAGUAAGAAAGAAAAGAUUAACUGAAGCAGGCCUCAGUGCUGGGCCUAAUGACUGGGUUCUUUGUGCACCUCAACAGUUAGAGGGACAUGGAGUAAAUUUGUGUACUAGUGCCCUUUCUGGACCUGGCAUGACAGAUGUUAUUUGCGAAGAAAUGGAUCAGACAACUGGAGAACCACAAUGUGAAGUUGCCCGGAGAAAGCUUCAGGAAAUUGAGGACAGGAUAAUUGAUGAAGAUGAAGAAGUUGAAGCAGACAGAAAUACUAACCAUCUCCCCAGUCUUGUUCUGUCGGAUACAAUGAAAACUGGUUUGAAAAGGGAAUUUGAUGAAGUCUUUACAAAGAAAAUGAUAGAGUCCAUGAGCCGUCCUUCCAUGGAACUUGUGCUCUGGAAACCUCUCCCUGAACUUCUUUCUGAUAAGCCAAAGCGGUCAUCUAAUGCUAAGAACUACCCAGGAGAGAACCAAACUAAGCAUGCAACACCUGCAACUGCCUUCUCUCGGAGAACUGAACUGUUCUUGGAACCUCAGCAUUUAGCAAUGCCUGUUUACAAUGGUUUGGAGGCAGCUGCUUGCACAGAAGAAGAAAUGGAACUCUAAUAGGUGUCUGUACUAAAGCUGUCCAAGUUGAGAAGGCUCAUGUGUUCAGUCAUGAAUCCACUUGCAUAGUAAGGGCCUUUAAUGUUUUAUGAAACGGGUGUCAUAAUAUCUCUCCCUGUGUGGGCCUCUCAUUCUGGGUAGCUAUUUCUUGAGUUCAGUGAUUUGCCAAGAAACUUGUCUCAAGGGAAAAGCAAUUUUCUCGGGGAUUUAUUGAGGAAGUGUGAGAUUUCAAACUGCAAAGGCAAGUAUAGAAGUUCUACAUGUAAGAAUGAUAGUCAUCUGUCAGAUUGUCUAAAACCAUUCAGAUACUUGACAAAGAUGCAUUGGGAAAGAAGUAUGUUCCUGUUGUAUACCUUAUAGUUGGACUCACAGCUUUGUAGAUAUGACUUUGUUUAUUUACCCUGGUGAAUAUAUAUACACACACAAAUAUAUCUAUACACAUAUAUAUACAUAUGUGCAUAUAUGUACGUAUGUGAGUAUAUAUA